AUGGAUUUGGCGAGGAAGAUCAUUGAGACCCUGAACGGGCCGGCAGAGGGAUCGAAGCCUCCUCUCCAGUCAUACGGGGACCGGCGACCGCCGACAGCCUCAGAUCUAGCGGUUGAGUGCUUGAAUAUGCUUGACUACUCGAUUCUUCACGGAAGGCAAACCAGGGCGUCCACUAGGCAUGGGUCGGUGGAGAGCCGCAACUGGUGCCCUCAUGAUCGGGCUAGGUCAAGACUCUAUUCUUCAUGCCAGCACACUUUUGCUAUGCUUCGAAAGACGUCGACACUCGUUGUUCAUCAAGGUUACAUUGUGUGUCUGGCUUCAUAUAAACCGACGGUCGGCUUCAAGGCUAACAAAGCCGCCCCCAUGAUUCCUUCGCAUCCUUCGGCUUUCUUGCUCAUGGCUCUCACUCGGGCCAUCCAAGUCAUCUUCCUUCAACGCCCAAUUGGGUGCAUUGAACAACGAGUGGCCAUGGAUUUUCAGCUGCAAAACCCAAUUACUCUUCGCAAAUCGACACUAUUCCCGGGAUGUUUGUGUCAGUUGCAUUGUGCAUUAGCGUAUGCGCAAAUCAGUGAGAUAAUUCGGCAUUUGCGAAAGGAUGAGUCUGAUGAGAUCAUAUUGUUUGUCGUGGUAAAGAUGCUGUUGACGUACUCAGGGGAUUGCAACUCGAGCUGUAUCAUGAGGCUUCACUUGGGGCCGAACUGCGGACUGGUAGACGUAUAA